UGGGGAAGGAUAUGUUGAUCGGACUGAACAGUUGCUUGUAUUUUACAGGAUUGAAACUGCUCUGCAGGUGGAGGGAUGAGUCUCUCCCCUGACAUCGGCACAGAGGUGCCAGAAACAGCUAAUGGGGUGAUAACACCUGUCGCUGUGGAGAAUGGGCCUCUUGUACCAGCCUCUGUGAAAUGCGGGGGGAGCACAAUACUUGGUUCUGGGGAGGCAUCGGUGGACCGUCACACAGAGAAUCAUGUCGAUGUGGAAAAUAAAACGUAUGAUGGAAAAAGCCACUUUGAAACAGAGACGAAUAUUAACGAGAAAACACACAGUUUAUCAAUACACUCCUUGCCCCGUGGGAUAAGCACAAGAGAAUCCAAAGACACAGUCGCCCCUCCCGAGGCCUCUAAGACUGCAAACACACCAGAUGAAGAUCUGAUGUGGGAUUCAGCACAUGACGGAGAGUCCAGAGACUCUUAUCAGAAGGGAGGCCCUGUCUCUGCAGACAGAUGGCAAACGCAGCCGGAGAGGGGAGAGGGCUGCCCUGACAGCCCAGAGGAGGAGGAGUAUGGAGAGAGGGAGAAGCAGAAUGAAAAGAGUAAAAACAAGGGAAGGAAAAAACAUUCAGGACGGAGAACGGAAACCGGGUCUUCACGACACUACUCCUCCUCCGCCCCUGGUCCUAGUGCGUCCUCCUCUUCCUCUCCGCCGCCCGCUCUUCUUCCCUCCGACGAUGUGCCGUGUCCCCCACACAUUAUGGCCCAGGUUUGGGUUCGCAACGUCCGGGGGAUGCAGGACAGCAAGAGCCUGGACGAAAUCAGCCAAGCGUGUGGAGGUGGUGCCGGGGCCCGUGGAGGGGCCAGGAGUGGACAGUCAGAGGGCCGACGGGCCACCAUCUCCUCUGCUCUGGAGCUAGAGGGGACAGUCAGCCACGAAGGAGACCUGACCCACUUCAUCACCAAGAACCUGGAGCAGAAAAUCAAGAUGAGCUCCAAGCCCAGUCUGGACUGCAGUGACUCGGACUGUUCGGGGCCCAUCUACCGAAACCGGGGGUUGUCACGGAGACCGGCGGAUAUCCCACCCAUCGAUCCUACGGUCCUAGUGGACCUGCAGAAACACGCCCAGGACGUGGCGCACAGUGUGGAGCUGAUGAUGCAGAGCCUCAAUGGAACCAUCCAGAAUAUGACGGCGCUGAGCGUGGGCUACAUCCAGACCUACAGAGACUCCGUCGACAGCUUGGGAGAGUCUGUUGACAUGAGCAUAAAGGGCAUGUACACGCUGAUGGCUCGCUGCGAGGAGCUGGAUCGCUCCAUGCAGCCCAUACACACUCUGGCCGCUCAGAUCCGUGACAUCAAACGCACUCUGGACGCUCUAGAGGGGAUCUGCAAGUAAACGCCAGCCAGCCUGGUCCAAAUAUCCAUCCAAGCUUCAAAGUCGACCUCAUCCUGGGCAAGGGUGACGGAAAGCAACGCAGCCCUGCGCAGGUAGCACCGGAGUCCGGGAGCCAUCCCCACUUGGCAUGCUGGACGAUCGUCACUCAUCCUUUUAUCUGUUUGCCGUUUUAUUAUGACAAUGUUCGUGUCGUGAGAUCUCUAAAGAUUUGUGCAUACUUGGCUCUUGGGGGGUGAGCUUUUACUUCUCUCUUCAUCUAAUCAAGUCGUCAAGAAACAAAGUCUCACAACUAAUAUUGUUCUGGAAGGCAGUUGUUCCCUGGACGGACACAAACGGAUGCGUGAAGACGCUGGGAUGGAUUGCUUUGCUUUUCCACGUUCCGGGGAGUGCGAUAUUAUCCGUCCAGCCUGCAUUGCUCAGAUUGCACUAGCGCCUCUUCCCCAGACGGGGGCAGCAUUUCUGCUUCUGGAGAGGCAUGAGAUGGAAAAAAAAAACUGCUCACAAGACAGUGACUUUUGCACAGGAACAGAGUCUAUUUUUUGACCUUAUGCAACAAGCAGAUUCUUUCACUGCAGGCCAAGUUAAAGCAGUGUGGGUGUCUGUCUUUUUUUUAAAUGUGUUUUAUUUAUUCAGUUGGCUCAGCAUGCUCGUUUGUUCAUAAACGCCGCGUCUCUGUCUCUUCAGGAUCCAGCUCAGACGGUACUGCGUGCCGUCUAAUGAGCUCGGUUGUUACUAAAUGUUUCACUUAAUCCACUCAGAUGCUUUCACAUCUUUCAGAAGAGGCUGUCGGCCUGAAAAACAUUAGUUUCUGAUACGGAAACGUGAAAGUUCAGCUCCAAAUCCCCUUUCUUUGUGAUCCCAGACAACUUUUUUAAAACGUAUUGUUUAAUCAAUAAGAUCGUGACAAGCUUCAGGUACUUAAUUUAUUUAAUUAUUUUUGCACAUCUGGAUGCCAGAUUCCACAUUUCAACUUGAUUUGACUUUGAUGUCGCAGCUGCACCAGAUCCUGUCAUGGGAGCAUAAUUUCUUCAUGGUGAACAAGUAAGCCCCACAUCUGUUCACAUGAGUAUGUGUAACAAAACAUCAUUGAUAACCAAGUGAGGCAAAGUUUUCCUUAUUAAGUAGGUUCAAAGUUAAUUUGGGCCCAGAGGUGAGCGAAACUCGUCUCUGACAAAUCUCUGUCUAAAUCCGCCUGAUGUCUGAGGAGUGUUCGCUGGGAUGACCCGACUUCCACGUCCGCCUUUUUCUUCGGUCUUAACGUUUCACCAAUAACCACAAACAGACUGUCGUUGUGUCUACAGGUUGCUGUGUUGCUUUCAAAUAACUGAUUCAUAACAAUUAAGCUGUCUUCAAACAGUCUUGUCUGCAAAAGCGAUUAUUCAAUUUGCUCAAGUUCUGCAUGGACAUUUUGCACAUAACACUUCCUAGAAUCGAAUCACUCACCACGACUAACCCUUGCAUACAUGCAAAACUAUAAGGAAAACAUAAAUAACUUGAGGAACUUAGGAAUUGAAACCAGUUCAUGGAAAAAAAGCUUAAUUAAUCCACAUUAAAGAGUUUUCAUGAAAUUUGAAGCCGUCGCUGUUCAUUUUCAUUCAUUCAUUUUCAGGCAUAAAUGAUCAGCCGGUCGGUUUAAACGAUACAGUAUAAGGUUUCAAAAGACUCAAAUGUGUCAUUAACUUGGUCUGAAAAUGUGGUUGUUGAUACUUUGCCCGUUUUUAAAUUAGCUGCUUAACGUCAUGAAUAAAUUAGUUUGAGGUCGUUGCUGUUUCACCUUUGUGAAAUGGAGGAUUGUGUUUAGCGUCUGCUGUGAUUCUGGAUUGGUUCCAUUUGCGUUGGGAUGUUGGAAAAAGACAAGCUCGAACAGAAGUGUAAAGCAAGGCAAACUCGUGUUUAGUUGAUUACAAAAGUUGUUUAGUCAAUGAUUUAAAGAAAUAUUGCAGUGUCACCUCAUGAAACAUACUUGAUUUAAUGACGAUAUGGAGGUAAUUUAGUCGUUGCACUGGUGGGAUUCUUGUAGUAGAUCGUAGUACAUGUACCACGUUUUCACAGUAAUAUUUGGACUGAGUAUGGGGCUGUUCGUCAUGGCAACAUUACUUGAUAUGGCAUGAAUAAUGUAUUUUUCUUCAAUUGGGUUUGCUUCUUUUUGUCAGUUGUAGUUUCUGAUUUAUUCAAAGCAAUUACUGGAGCAGAUUUUUGGGAAAGGUUAUAAAAGCAAUAGUGCAAGCAACGUGACUACUGAUUUAAUCUUGAGGGAUAGUGCUGAUGUUUACAGACGCGUUAUAAAAGCCUCGGCAGGCGCUGCCGUGCGCGGCCUCCACCGCCUCUUCUUGCAGCUCUGCACCCGUCGAGGUCUUUCCAGUAUAAUGAGCAAAAUCUUUAUUCACGAUAAGAGCGAGCGUUUCUCCCUGCUAGUGCAACAUCGGCUCUUAUUUUCCACGACCACUGUGGACGUUUAAACGGGAAGAGUAGCAUCAUUAAAUGUUGUGGAUGAAUCCCCUCAGUGACGCUGAAAUGGACUCGCACACGUCCAGCGCUGUGAGGAGACCCAUUCCUGCUUUUAACGUGGACAUAAAAAGGCUUUUCUGGGGAAGAUGGACCCACGAGAGGAGAUGUCAUCGUCUUGUUCACGAAAUGUAAAUGUAAUAUUGAUCAUUUUCUGUUGUACAAUCAGAUGCGCCCGUGUACAUAAGAUCUCUUUCUGUAACUACGAUGAUUUAGAUACCGUCAUUGUCUUGAGUGUAUAUUUUAAUGAAAAAUAAAUAACAAAUUUACAUGAGCUGCAAAAAACAAUGUUUUCUUUAAAUGAUUUUAUUUACAGUGUACUGCAUCAAGGGGCACUGAGGGAUGAGGAGGUGGAAGAGGCAGACAUGAAUAACAUUUACUUGUCUUCACUGCAGACAUACUGUGGCUCUCCCGACUGUGAUGAUGAGAAAAAUACCCCAAAUGUAGCAGUUUAAUGGAAUGUAGCCAUUUAAACCUUUAAAUGUGAUGUGUUAAGUGUUGUAAUUCCACUAGAUGUCCGCCAGGGGAGGCCAGAGAUCUGAGAAAACGUGUCCUGUAACCAGCAAAUUGGGUUUAAAAUGUAUGAUUCAUGUGCAAAGAGGAAAGUCCUGAGACACCAGAUGUUCGGCUUUAACAAUUCAAUUCUUCAUCCUCUCUGCAUGAAUUCAGUCUGUUAAUUUCAUCAUACGUAAAAUGAUGGUGAGGCGGAUUAAAGUUGACCUGCAUGACAACAGAACUUCACAUCUUAUUUACAUUUAUCAGUGAAAUCCGUUAGUUUCUCAUCGGGUUAGUUUGGGUUUUAAUAUUUGGCUCAGAUUUCUUCUGUCACUCCAGUGCGCUAAGGGUGAUUGCCCGGAUCAGUUCAGGUAGUACACACAUCCCCCCCUCAACAAUCUUGAA